CAUUGAGGGGUCCUGGGAGUGGGGUUCAGAGCAGGCAGCGUCCAGUCUGGCAGGAAGUGUUGUGUGUUCACGGAGACGUGCCUGGAGUGGCCAAACCAUGCUGAGUGCGGGGGAGAGAAACCUAAUGCUACUCCCAAGAUGAAGGCGGAGAUGCAGGCUUCCUCCAAAGAGGCAGGAGUUUUAUCACUUUUCCAGAAACUGUGUAUCUUCACCUAUUUCCUGGCAGUUGUCAGUGGCGUGAACAUCACCUGCCCAUCCUCUAUCGUAAGAGGCACCUUAGGUGGCUCGGCCCUGCUCUCCGUCAGCUACACCAGCACCAGCUCUGACAGGCCUGUCAUCAAGUGGCAGCUGAAGAGGGACAAACCUGUCACUGUGGUACAGUCUAUCGGCACUGAUAUCAUUGGGAACUUGCGGAGCGAGUACCGCGGCCGCAUCAUGCUCUUCGAAAAUGGCUCACUCCUGCUCAACUACCUGCAGCUGUCAGAUGAGGGUGCUUAUGAAGUAGAGAUCUCCAUCACUGAUGACACCUUUACCGGGGAGAAACACAUGAACCUCACUGUAGACGUACCUGUAUCCAGGCCAUAUGUGCACCUGGUGGCUUCCUCUGUGCUGGAGCUUACUGAGCACUUUACACUUAACUGCACUCAUGAAAGGGGCACAAAGCCUAUUUAUGGCUGGCUGAAGGGCGGGAAGCCUCUGACCAAUGACUCACGUCUGCUUCUGUCACAAGACCAGAAAGUUCUGACUAUCUCCAGGGUUCUAAUAUCAGAUGAUGAUGUCUACACAUGCACUGUAGAGAAUCCCAUCAGCAACAUGAAGAGCACACCUAUCAGACUCACUGUCUACAAACGAAGCUCUCUCUAUAUCAUCCUAUCCACUGGUGGAAUUUUUUUGCUCAUAACCUUGGUGACGGUGUGUGCCUGCUGGAAGCCUUCCAAAAAAAAAAGGCAACAGCCUCUUAUGCAGAGCAGGCAGAAUGUAGAGCAGAGCAAUGGCAAUCAUGAAGUUUCAGUUGAUAUUGUGCCAGGGAGAAGCUACCAUAACCGAAAAGGCCCAGGUGGAUUAUACGUUCUGAAGGAAACAGACUUUUCUGAAGACCAAGACGAGGACCCAUGUAGCUACAUCCACCCUUUGAAUCCACACAGUCCACCUUGCUAUCCUAGCACAUUCUCCUCUCCAGAAGCAUAUACCUACUCAGGAAGAAGAUACCCUCGUACCCCUGUCCCCUCUCCUCCCCCAACCCCAACCUCUGCCAUGCCCAUGGCACCCUCACCACACCUGCGAAGCUUACCGCGAAAGCCCCUCCCAUCAGCUGCAAGCCCCACCCCAUCACAGACAGAGGAACAGUCGACUGUACACGAGUCUAGCAUUCACAGUCACAUUUAGCCAUCAAAUCAUAGCACAAUAUUAGAGACAAACAAAUAUAUAAAGAAAAAGGAAAUGUCUGAAUGUGUAUGUUAAGGUGUAGCGGUCUGGGAAAACUUCAUAUACUGAGUUUCUACCAUACAAAUUUUCUCUUCUAAAGCUUGUUUAUCACUUGUAUGUAACUCUACCAAAAGUAAAGUGCUAACAUUUUAAAUCUAUCCCCUAAAGUGAAAAAAGAAAAUAUUUCAUUUUCUGUUUCUAUCAGACUCCACUGCAGACAUUCUGACUGUCUGUAUCUGAAUUUAUUAUGCUUAUGUUUAUUUCACUAUACCAUGUAUCUAUCAUACAACCUGAUAAAAUUAGGACAUUCAGAGUGAGUUGAGUUAUUCAUGGAUUUUAUAUAGUAAUAACCAGCAUUCAUUCAUUCAUUCAUUCAUCUUCUACCGCUUAUCCGAACUUCCUUGGGUCACGGGGAGCCUGUGCCUAUCUCAGACGUCAUCGGGCAUCAAGGCAGGAUACACCCUGGACGGAGUGCAAACCCAUCGCAGGGCACACACACACACACUCAUUCACUCACGCAAUCACACACUAGGGACAAUUUUCCAGAGAUGCCAAUCAACCUACCAUGCAUGUCUUUGGACCGGGGGAGGAAACCGGAGUACCCGGAGGAAACCCCCGAGGCACGGGGAGAACAUGCAAACUCCACACACACAAGGUGGAGGCGGGAAUCGAACUCCGGCCCUGGAGGUGUGAAGCGAACGUGCUAACUACUAAGCCUCCGUGCCCCCCCAACAACCAGCAUUCAGAAAUCAAAUAUAAGUUACUGUACGAAUACAGGGUGGAAAGCCCAUUUAUCUGGCAUGACAUAUAGCAACACAAAGAAGAGUUAAUCCAACACCACUGUCUGCUUGUUUAAUACAACCAUUAUAUGUCUGUAAAUAGACUAAAAUAAACUAGGGAAUGCCAUUUGAAAAAAAUAUUAAGUGCAUAAAUAUGAUUAUUAAUUUGGAUUCCUUUAAAAUCCACAAAAUUAUUUCGUUUGCAUGGAGGAUAAUGGAAAGCACAGCAAAUUUCAUUAAAAAAAUAGAUUAUUAAAAACCCCUGUCCUGGACACUUCUACUCAAGAUAAAUCUGGCAACAUGGAAGUGUGAAAUAUAUGUAGCCACCACACUCAUUUUUGUUGUAGAUUAUGGAACGUGUUUGGGAGGAUUUGUGAACAUUCAGACAAAAGUGAUUUCAUUAGUGAGUUCAGGUACUGAUGUCAGAUGAGGAGGGCUGGGGUGCAUUUGGUGUUCCAGUUGAUCCCAGAGGUGCUCAGUGGAUGUUUGAGACAGAGUCAGGGCUCUCUUACAUUCCACUCGAGUUCUUCAACUCCAAUCUCGGUAAACCAUGUCUUCAUGGAGCUUGCUUUGUUUGGGCCUCUUAUUCACAAUGAGGAGAACCUGUAAUCCUGUAAUGCUGCAAUUGCUUCCAACAUUGUGGCAACAGUUAAAGGAAAACCCACAUGUGGGUGUGAUGUUCAACAUACUUUACUUUAUCACAUAGUGUAUAAGCAGAUGAUUUAUAUAAUCUGAAUGCCACAUCCAGAAAAGCAUCUGUAUAAAACCUAUCACUGAAAAAGCAUGACAUUCAACUCAUAACCUUUGCAUUUUAGUCACUUGGCUAAGUAUAUCAUACUUAGAAAAUAUGGUUAUGCGGACUGACUGUUUUUUACAUCAGUGUUUGUAAAAUUAACUUCUUACCCAAUGUAAUGGAAAAAUGUAAAGCUGAAGCAAAACACAUUUUCUUUUGUUCACUUUUAGCCACAGGUUUUCCCAGGCUACCACACAUAUUGUAUAUCAUUGGUAACAAAAACUAAAUGUAUCAUAGAAGUCAGAAAUAUCAGAUUAUAUGUGGGGUACAUGUUGUGAAAUGGCUUUAUGUCAGUUCAAAGUCACCAUACCUGUACUUCUUGAACAUUUAUUUCUAUGUUUCUACUUCAGGGCAUGUUAAAUGGAGCACAUUCACUUUUCAAUUCUUAAAGCAAUAUCAGACACCUAACAUAGCA